AUGUUAUUCAUUGAUGAUUGCUUCCUUUUGCUCGAAGAACUUGACAUCAGUAUUACACGGUUCAUAUUUCGACAGGCUUUUUCAUUAGCACUUUCCAAACUCCGCAAAAUUAACCUGUGUGAUAAUUACUAUAUGUCAAAUGAAUUACUUUUCCACUUGUUCAAGAAUUGUAAGCUUCUCGAAGAGGUUAAUAUCGUUAGAUGUUGGGGCAUAACACUGUCUGACAUUGCAACCUCUCUCCGCGAGAGGCCAACAUUGAUGUGUAUAAACCUUAGUUAUUGUAAAAGACUCACCGAAUCAUCUUUGUUUAAACUCGUUAGUAACUGUCCUUCACUUACUGAGAUCAAAAUGGAAUGGACAUCUAUUGGAAAAGAGAGCAUGAUUUUAAAUUGCGGUCCGCAACCGCAAUUGCACCUGUAA